GCACAGUUUUGCUAACGUGUAGAUGAAUUCUUCUCGAACUACAUCACCUAAACUGCAGCUGUGCGCAGUUAGAGAAAGUGCGUAGCGUGUACCGUCUGUUCACCUUUGCUUUAGAUUGUUUUCUGCAGGAUUCCUGUCAUGCUUGGUCACAUGUCAGAAGCUAUAAAAGACAUGUUGCCCAGCUCUAUGGACCUCUCCAGGCUGCAGCUGCUGGUGGUCUCCACGGCUGUGGGAGCCGGGGGUCUCUUGGUGUACUUCCUUGUGAUCCGGAGGAGGACCAAGAACAAGACCCUCCCCAUGGGAGACGGCUGGUGGGGUGCUGGGGAGAAACCACUGGCUGAAGAUGAGGAAAUCCACCCUUUUCAGAUUGAAACUUCAGAUGAAGAAAUAAAGGAUCUUUACAUGCGCAUCGACCAGACCAGAUUUACCCCAUCAUUGGAGGAUAGCCAGUUCAAUUAUGGGUUUAACUCCACCCACCUCCGGAAGGUGGUUUCUUAUUGGAGGAACCAGUUUGACUGGAAAAAGCAGGUCAAACUCCUCAACAAAUACCCACAUUUCAAAACCAAAAUUGAAGGUCUGGAUGUCCACUUUGUCCAUGUGCGUCCCUCUGGUCUCCAGGAAGGACACUCUGCAAAGCCCCUGCUGAUGGUGCACGGCUGGCCAGGCUCCUUCUUUGAGUUCUACAAGAUUCUCCCCCUGCUGACCGAGGGUAGAGACGGGCUGGUCUUCGAGGUGAUCUGCCCCUCCAUCCCUGGCUAUGGCUUCUCAGAGGCUCCCCACAAGACAGGGUUCGACUCGAUUGCUGCAGCCCGCAUAUUUUACAAGUUGAUGCAGCGGCUGGGCUUCAAGGAGUUUUACAUGCAAGGUGGAGACUGGGGGGGUCUGAUCACCACCAACAUCGCACAGAUGAGACCUGAAAAUGUGAAAGGACUUCAUUUGAAUUUCUUCCCGGUGACAAAACACAACCUGCAGAUGCUCGUCUCGCUGCUCCUGGGUGCCUACGUGCCGUUCUUGGUGGGAUUCACCAGGGAGGACGUGAAGCGCAUCUUCCCUUACUUCAAGAAGAACGUGUAUGAAAUGCUGAGAGAAUCGGGGUACAUGCAUAUCCAGGCCACCAAACCCGACACUGCAGGCUGUGGGCUUAAUGACUCCCCAGUUGGACUGGCAGCCUACAUUCUGGAGAAGUUCUCCACAUGGACUGAUAAGCAAUUCAGAGACCUAGAGGAUGGGGGUCUGGAAAGGAAGUUUUCCCUGGAUGACCUACUGACCAAUGUAAUGAUUUACUGGGUGACAGGCUCUAUGGUUUCCUCCAUGAGGUUUUAUAAAGAGAAUCUGAACGGGAACCCAGAGAAGAGGCCUGAUGCAAAGAUUGGUGUCCGUGUCCCAACUGGACUGGCUGCCUUCCCCAAUGAGCUGCUGCACGCUCCUCUAGUCUGGGCCCAGCCGCGCUACAAGAACGUCAUUUCGUACUCCUACAUGCUGCGAGGAGGCCACUUUGCAGCAUUCGAGGAGCCAGAACUGCUAGCAGAGGACAUCAGACAGUUUGUGAAGAAAGUGGAAAAGUGAUUUAGAACUAAAUCUAGACAAUGUUUUGUUGUAACAAGUGCUGUAAAAUGUAAUGGCAUCUGCAGAAUACAAUGGCUCAUUAAGGACCUUGACAAGAUCACAAGAUAAUCUGACCUGACCAAUUCUUUAUUUUACAUCCUCAAUAUGAGCCACCAUAGCAACAUCAGUCAAGUAACCAAUCAGUCAAGUCCCAGGAUAAAGGUGUCUGCUAAAUAAACACAUAAUAAUAAUAAUAAUAAUAAUAAUAAUAAUAAUAAUAAUAAUAAUAAUAAUAAUAAUAAUAAUUACAUCAAAUAAAAGAUUACAUCUGAAAACAAAUGGUUGAUAGUGGACUUCAGUAAUCAAUGUAAAUUUGUAGGCUUUUAAAAUCAGGAUUACAUUUGUUAUUUCUAAACAAACUCAAAUCAAUUAAACUAUUCUCACUUUGUUAGCAAUAACUUGUUAUAGUAUAUUGUGAAAUCAAACAAAUGUGUAAUGGAAGUGUCAAGUUUCAAUGAUAAAUAAAAUCUUGAACUUCAAAUAA